UCAGGAUUAUAGUGAGCAUUGUGUUUGACAAUGGCGGAUGAGGUUGUGUUGGUGAAUUUCAAUCUGAGUAUGUUCUGCAUAAGAGUUAGGAUUGCAUUGGAAGAGAAAGGGGUCAAGUAUGAGAUCAAGGAAGAGGAUUUGGUGAACACCAAGAGUGCACUGCUUCUGCAAAUGAAUCCCGUUCACAAGAAAGUCCCUGUCUUUAUCCACAAUGGCAAACCCAUCUCUGAAUCCCUCAUUAUUGUUGAGUAUAUUGAUGAGGUCUGGAAGGAUAAGGCACCACUUUUGCCCACUGAUCCAUACCAGAGAGCUCAAGCCAGGUUCUGGGCUGAUUUUGUUAAUAACAAAGUGCAUGAAGUUGCAAAGAGGAUAUGGACUGGGAAGGUAGGUGAACAUGAGGCAGAAAAGAAGGAGUUAAUAGAGAAUGUGAAGCAAUUGGAGGAGGUGCUUGGCGACAAGCCAUAUUUUGGGGGUGAGACAUUUGGGUUUGUUGAUAUUGCUUUGAUUCCCUUUUAUAAAUGGUUCUCUAGUUAUGAGAAAGUAGGCAAUUUCAAGCUGCACUAUCCAAAACUCAUUGGUUGGGCAAACAGAUGUUUGGAGAGAGAGAGCGUGUCCAAAUCCGUUUCUGAUGAAAAAGAUGUCUAUGAGUUUGUUCUGAUGUACAGGAAACUGAUCGGGGUGGACUGAGACACAAAAACACCAACUAAUAAUGAUGAAAUGCUGUGAGAUUGGCAAGUUUGUGUUCACCAAAUAAAUGAUGUAAUCAAAUGUUGCAAGCUAGUCGGCUUGGAUUAGUUGGUUCAAAUAUUUUUGCAUUU